AUGAAGUCAAGCAAAGUAGAAGGGCCGUGUCUGCCAACUUUGGAAGGCCUAAAAAAUCAUUUACGCGCGGAGCCACUUUACUUUCAAAUGUUGGAUGAUUAUUUUCACAGAGCGGUCAAUCUAGGCGAGAUUGGAGGAAAGUUAGCAUCAAGCGGAAAUAUUCCGCCAUGCAAGGAAAUGUUCCUUCCGCCAUCUCAGGAACAACUGGAAGUGUUCCGCGAAAUUUCCCUACAGCAGUAUGGCCUGAACAAAGAGAACGAAAAUAAAGGUCAGGUCAUGCUUCAUCUCCUCCAGCAUCAAGAAAUGGAGCCGGAAGAUUUGGAGGAAAAAACCAAUGCCAACGAAGAAGAGGAGAUGGAGAUGGCGGAGAGGCGGCAAGUAACAUCACAUGGGCUAUUCCUCAAUGAGGUAAGUGUCGGUGCAGUACCGAGAGCACCGGCAGUAGUACCGAAACGCAGAAAAUUAGUAAAAAGUUUACGUUCUUGGACAAUAAAAGUCCCAAUUGCGGAGCAAGAAAGAAAUAAAAAAGUACCUGUGGAACCGGAAGCCUUCCACGUGCCGGCAAUGGAAGGUUUACCGGCACAGUAUCGAGAGAUACUAACGGCUCCAGAAAGCGCCCAUGAUACGGAAUGA